AUGUACACACGCAGUCAUGCGCGCAUGUACACACGCAGUCAUGCGCGCAUGUACACACGCAGUCAUGCGCGCAUGUACACACGCAGUCAUGCGCGCAUGUACACACGCAGUCAUGCGCGCAUGUACACACGCAGUCAUGCGCGCAUGUACACAUGCAGCCAUGCGCGCAUGUACACACGCAGCCAUGCGCGCAUGUACACACGCAGCCAUGCGCGCAUGUACACACGCAGUCAUGCGCGCAUGUACACACGCAGUCAUGCGCGCAUGUACACACGCAGUCAUGCGCGCAUGUACACACGCAGUCAUGCGCGCAUGUACACACGCAGUCAUGCGCGCAUGUACACAUGCAGCCAUGCGCGCAUGUACACACGCAGCCAUGCGCGCAUGUACACACGCAGCGAGAAGCAGCACGGACAGAGCUCCGCAAGAGAGCGCCACGCGCAGAGUGCGCCAUUCCGGGCGCGCGCGCACCUGUUGCGCCCGCUGAUUAUCAGCUCCAGUUGGAAUUCCGCGCGCGUCGCCUCAUCGUCGGACGCCGGCGCACGAGCUGCGCAAGAGCGCGCCAAGCAGGUUGGGCGAGGGGCGGCUUCUGCGCUUGGGGGAAGAGCAGCUGCGCGGAGUGCGUGCGGGGCAGGGGGAUGCGCGGGGGGUGAGGGCGUGCGGGCGGGGGUCAGCUGGCAGCCAUGCAGCAGCGCGCGCGGUGACGCGGACCCGCCGCUUCUCCGCCUCGCACUGCGCCACUUUACCUCCGCGCGCCCCGCCGCAGCCUACCCCAGCGCCUUCGGCGGAAGCAGCGCCAGCACGGGCGGCUGGGGGCGGGUGGCAGCGGCGCGGAGGGCGGGGGCGGGGGAGCGGGAGCAGGUGGCGUGGCUGGCGGAGAUGGCGCGGCACAACCCUGAGGAGGCGAUCCGCGCGUUUGAGGCGAGCGCACAGCUGCAGGCCGUGCCAGGCGCGCUGGCGGAGUACGUGCGCGCGCUGGUGGCUGUUGACCGCCUUGAUGGCAGCGCGCUGCUCGCCACGCUGCAACGAGGCGCUGCGCGCUCCGCCUCCCCCUUCCCCGCCUCUUCCGCGCCGCUGUCGUCCAUGCGCGCGCCUCUCCCGGGGGCGGUGGGCGCGGUGGCGGUGGAGGGCGCGCUGGGGACGGCGAGCGCGCCGCUGCACAUGGUGGCGAGCGAGGGCGCGCGCGGACACGCGUGGCGCGCGCUCAGGUCGCUGGGCACCGCCGCCCUCGUGCUCGGCGCUCUCUGGGCCAUCGCCCGCGAGCGCGAUGUGGGACGCGGGUUGGGGUUGAACGAGGAGGUGCAGCCGGCAGCGGAGAGUGACACGCGGUUCAGCGAUGUGAAGGGCGUGGAUGAGGCCAAGGCGGAACUAGAGGAGAUCGUGCACUACCUGCGCGACCCCAAGCGGUUCACUCGGCUGGGCGGCAAGCUACCCAAGGGAGUGCUACUGGUGGGCCCACCAGGAACAGGCAAAACAAUGCUAGCGCGCGCCAUAGCGGGCGAGGCGGGCGUGCCCUUCUUCUAUGCGUCGGGCUCCGAGUUCGAGGAGAUGUUUGUCGGCGUCGGGGCGCGCCGCGUGCGCGAGCUCUUCGCCGCGGCAAAAAAAGCCGCGCCGUGCAUCGUGUUUCUUGACGAAAUCGACGCCAUCGGCGGCAGCCGCAACCCCAAGGACCAGCAGUACAUGAAGAUGACUCUGAAUCAGCUGCUCGUGGAGCUCGAUGGCUUUAAGCAGAACCAGGGUGUGAUUGUGGUGGCGGCUACCAACUUCCCGGAGAGCCUGGAUAAGGCGCUCGUGCGCCCGGGGCGGUUUGACCGCCAUGUGGUCGUGCCGAAUCCGGAUGUGGAGGGGCGGCGGCAGAUUCUCGAGCAUCAUUUGCGCAAGAUCCCCCGAGCAGAUGAUGUGGACGUGUCAGUCAUCGCACGCGGCACGCCGGGCUUCAGCGGGGCAGACCUGGCCAACCUGGUGAACGUGGCGGCGCUGCGGGCAGCCAUGGAGGGGCAGAGGGCCGUAGCGCUAGCCCACCUGGAGCACGCCAAGGACCGCAUCCUCAUGGGCGCCGAGCGCAAGUCCGCCGUCAUCUCCCCGCAGACGCGGCGCCUGACGGCGUACCACGAGGGCGGGCACGCGCUGGUGGCCGUGCACACCGCCGGCGCGCACCCCGUGCACAAGGCCACCAUCGUGCCGCGGGGUGUGGCACUGGGCAUGGUGGCGCAGCUGCCGGAGACAGACGAGGUGAGCGUGUCUCGCACCCAGAUGCUGGCCCGGCUGGACGUGUGCAUGGGGGGGCGCGUGGCUGAGGAGCUCGUGUUCGGCCCGGGGGAGGUGACUUCCGGUGCGUCGAGUGAUAUCGUGCAGGCGACGCGGCUGGCGAGGGAGAUGGUGACAAAGUAUGGGAUGAGUGAGGCGGUGGGCGUGGUGGCGCAUGACUACGAGGACGACGGGCGGUCUAUGAGCACGGAGACGCGGCUGACCAUUGAGCGGGAGGUGCGAGCGCUGCUGCAGCGCGCGCAUGACAACGCGCGAGCCAUCCUGGUGAAUCACGAGGCGGAGUUACAUGCGCUAGCGGGGGCUCUGUUAGAGAGGGAGACGCUCACUGGCGCUCAGUCCGUUAGCCACCUUCUGUUCGCCCAUCCUUCCUCCAAGGACAUUCCUCCUCCCCGCAUCGCGCGCAGCCCCUUUCUUUCCGCGUCUCCUUCCCCGCAUUGCUCUCUCCGCCAUGCGAUGACCCGUGACGACGCCAGCAAUCUAUCCGGAAACCGCAACCGGCAUCGCAACCGGUCGGCAUCGUCGUUCCUCUCCUCCGCCUUCCCCAUCUCCUUCCCCCGCGCCCGGCGCCCCACCAGCGGCUAUGCCUCCGCGGACUCGUCGUGGCGCGGGGACGGCUGGCCGGCGGCGGACGGCACGGCGCGCAGCGACCACGUGGGGACGAUCACGGGGAAGCGGUACAGUGCGGUGCGGCUGGAGCAGCUGUACGAGCUGGGCGGGUUUAUUGGGCGCGGGCAGAGCGGCGUGAUCAGCGCGUGCUCGCACCGCCACACGGGCGAGCGGCUGGCCGUUAAGAGCAUUCUUAAAAAGACCAUCCACUCGGAAGGCACUGCAAGAGACGUGCAGCGCGAGGUGCAGGUGCUGGGCAUGUUGCGCGGGCAUGCUCACGUGGUGCGAAUGGAGGGCGUGUUUGAGGACCAGACGGCCGUGCACAUCGUCAUGGAGCUCUGUCAAGGGGGCUCCCUCACCCACCACAUCGCCCAGCAGGGCGAGUACAGCGAGCGGGCAGCAGCAGCGAUAAUGAGGGUGGUGCUGGAGGUGGUGAGGGCAUGCCAUGCGCUGGGCAUAGUGCACCGGGACGUGAAGCUCGGCAACUUCCUGCUCUCCGACCAGUCAGACCACGCCACACUCAAGGCCAUUGACUUCGGCUCCGCUGCCUUCUGCCAACCAGGUGAGGAGCUCGAGGCGAUGGCGGGCAGUCCCAUGUACAUGGCGCCGGAGGUGCUGGGGGAGCGAUACUCGCACGCGUGUGACGUGUGGAGCGCUGGCAUCAUGCUGCACACGCUGCUCGCUGGCACACCGCCCUUCCAAGGAGACUCAGUGCUGGCGAUAUUUGAGGCGAUCCGCACAGCACCGUUGGACCUGUCGGUGCAUCCGUGGCCGCUCAUCUCCCCGGACGCCAAGGCGCUGCUCUCCCGCAUGCUCCAUCGCGACCCCUCCAGACGCCCCACUGCACAGCAGCUGCUGGGCGACCCAUGGAUAUGCGGGCAGGAGGUGGUGGAGCGGCCACUGGAGAGCAUCAUGCUGCCACGCAUGAAGCGACUCAGCGCCAUGUCCAAACUGCGCCACCUCGCCCUCCUCGUGACGACGCGGCACAUGCCAGAGGAGCAGGAGAGGGAGCUGAGGGCGGUGUUCAGUGCGGUGGGGGCGGACCAGGGGGGCGCGCUGAGCCUGGAGGAUCUCACAGCCGCCCUGCGCAGCGUGGGGGCGGCUCUCAGCGACGAUGACAUCCGCCGCAUCUUUGCCUUCGUGGACAUGGACGGCAGUGGCAGCAUAGAGUACGCGGAGUUUGUCGCAGCCACCACUGUGCUGCACCGCGACCGCCAUGCCGCCGCCAUCCAAGAGGCCUUCCAGGAGAUGGAUGCGGAUGGGUCGGGAGCGGUGAGCGUGGAGGAGUUUGCGGCGGUGUGCUGCCGGCUGGGCAUGGGGUCGCUGGAUGAGAUGCGCGACAUCAUUGCAACUGCCACCGCCGCUGAAUAUGGCAAUGGGACAGGAUCGCUUCAAGCAGAGGGUGCAGUGGAGGCAGAGGGCGCUGAUGGCGCAGAUGGCACAGCAGCAGGCAGCGGGGUUUUGGCAUCGAAGCAGAUAGAGUACAAGGACUUCUUAGCGCUCGUCACGGGGUCGGACCAGGAGGACCACCGCGUUGAGUCCUGGCUCGCUGCCGCCCUGCUCUGA